AUGAAGCUCAAUGAAGUGAAACUUCUCGAUGUGUUGAAGGAGGGCAAAAGUUACGCUGCGGUUGGUCGCCAAUUUAAUGUCAAUGAGAGCACAGUGAGAUACAUAAAGAAAAAAGAAAGUGAAAUAAGAAAGAAUAUUAGCAUGACAUAUUAUGGUACAGCAAAGGCUGUCCACACUCCUAAAGAGGAAGAGGAAAAAGAGCCACAACCAGGACUGUCCUCGGCUCCCCAAGGUUUUCAGGCGAGCCAAGGAUGGUUCCAGCAGUUUCAGAAAAGGCUUCACCUAAAGUCUGUUUCCAUACGUGGGGAAGCUACAUCUGCUGACAAAGAGGCGGCCAUGAAAUACCCUGAGGCCUUCAAGAAAAUAAUCCAGGAGAAAGGAUACUGCCCAGAACAGGUGUUCAAUAUGGAUGAAACUGGCCUGUUCCGGAAGAAGAUGCCGUCCCGGACAUACCUUAUGCUGGAUGAAGCUAAAGCCUCUGGAUUAAAGACACAAAAGGACAGGUUGACCCUCAUGAUGUGCUGGAAUGCAGCUGGCUUUAUGCUGAAACCAGGCCUCUUUUACAAAGCAUCAAAUACUAGGGCACUCAAGAAUAAGAACUAG